UUUUGGCGGUGAUGUUGUUGAGCGCGUGUGGAGGGUCACACACCAGCCAUGUCCGCGCGCGCGUGUGCGUGCGUGUGUUUACACAGAGGGAGCGAGGGAGAGAGAGAAAGAGAGGCAGAGAGAGCUCGAGCGUCCUUCACAACUCAGGCACGCAUCAGGAAAGCAGUGAGAUCAUUUGUGAUAUAAAUAUCUCCGCGCGCCAGCAGCAGCAGCAGCAGACCCCCGCUCAGAGCCGCCGCUGCUCUCAGAGCGCGAGCAGCGCCGCGCAAUGCUGGAACAAGCGCCCUAACCAGACAGCGAGAGAGACAGAAGGAGAGAGAGAGAGACAGAGGGGAAGAAUGCAUGCUCCUCUCCUCGCGGGACUCUUCUUUGCUCAGCUGAUUAGCACCGUCUCCCUCUCGGCGCACGAGGCGCGCGUGUCUGGACGCAGGACCGGCCGGUUGUACUGCAGAGUUGGGAUCGGCUUCCACCUUCAGAUUCACACCAACGGAAGAGUGAACGGGAGCCACGAGCCCAACCAUCUGAGUGUGCUGGAACUAUUUGCUGUGUCUCAAGGAGUCAUAGGAAUCCGAGGAGUUUUCAGCAAUCGUUUUCUAGCCAUGAACAAAAGGGGAUGGCUUCAUGCUACCGAACACUUCACAGACGACUGCAAGUUCAGGGAGAGGUUUCAGGAGAACAGUUACAACACAUACGCCUCAGUGACCCACAAGAACCGCCGGACUGGUAGAGAGUGGUUUGUGGCACUUAACAAACGAGGGAAGGCCAAAAUGGGAUCCAGCCCGAGGGUAAAGUCCCAACAUGUUUCAACACACUUUCUGCCUAGGAUGAACCUGCAUGAGAAAUCAGAACAAGGCUUCACGAUAACGGACAAAGAGGAGGAGAAAGCUCCACCAAAAACGCCUGCACCAAAAGUCUCCAUCAACACAGGACACAAGAGGUCUCGGACAGUCAAGUACUGGCCCAAAUUUCGAUUUGGAUAGACCGGCGAUGUCUUAAACGAACUCGGACAAAACUUGAAAACAGGAACAAACAUUGAAGACAUUGAUUGUAUUCAAGCAGCCAAAACUCUUCUGUUUUUUUUUUUUCGGUGGAACUUUUCACGUUAUCCGGCAAUCAGCAUUCCAGUCACCAAGUCAAGUCAAUAAAAAAGGGCUGUAUAAUCCAGUCGUGGAGCUUUUCCCAAGCUGAAAAUGAACCUGCUGCCAGGUUUUCACAAAUGUCUUCCCUGAAUCCCCUAACAACACACUGUUAACAUCUAAUGCCUGGCCCACAAUAUUGGAUAAUCAGGCUCUGAUUUCAAAUCUGAGGCCAAUUUGCUCUUUCCAGCUAUUGUAAAGAUCACUAAAUUUCAAGGGUGAUUGCACACCUAAUCUUAAAUCCAAUCUUUUGUCUUUUAAACUUCUCCCAGUUGAGCAAGUGGGGCUGCCUUGAUUGUGAUCAUAUAUAGGCUACUGCAACGAUAGCCUUAUAUACAUACAUACAUACAUUUUAUAUAUUGCAUACACACAUAGCAAAUACAAAAAAGCACGAAACACUAAACAAAUUGUGCAUAUUUUUUUACAAUUAACAUUGGAUAUUUUUCAAGCCAAAAAAAGUUAUUAAAACAGCAAAGAUAGGAUGAUAAAUUAAAAAUAAUGCUGAGCUUCUUAAAGGACAAUUUUGGGAAUAGUUAACACU